CGCCGGAGAGAAGAAGCUUCUUCUUUCCGCGUGUUCCCAAGCCAGGUUCUAACCGGUGCUCGUCACAGCCAGCUAUGGCGGAGGCGCCGAGCUGGGCUGGGCUGGCGUCGACGCUCUGCGAUCGCAAGAAAUUUCGGUAAGCUGAGCGGCAUUCCUUGACUUCUUUCCAAGAUCGUCCAGCGUCUUGCUGGAGAUAUUUGGAUCGGGCAAAGCGUGCGUUACAGGUCGCAAGAAUCGCCGCCGCCACACUUCCUUGACAAGAUUCUAGCCGCAUUGCGUCGAUUGCCGGCCGGGCACGCCAAUUUCUGGUCAGCGCCGCGAUCGAUCGAUCGCCAUGUACCAUAAUUCAUGGGGCGGCCCCCUGGAGCUGGAUCCUUCCGUGAACGAGGAAGAUCAGAGCAACAGGAGCAUGGAUUUGGACAGGGCGGCCUUGCAGAAGCUGGAGGAGACGCAGCAGAGCUGGCUUCUCGGUGCCGGGGAGAAGAAAAGGAAGAAAACGAUCGAUCUGGGAUGCAUCGUUUGUAGCCAGAAGCUCUUCCUCGGGAUCGUCUACGCCAUCCUCGCGGUGGGAUUCAUCGCCGGAUUCACGGUUCUCAUCGUCAAGACAGCUCCCAGGCACCACCGCCAUCCGUCCCCUCCGGACAACUACACGCUCGCUCUACACAAAGCUCUCAAGUUUUUCAACGCCCAAAAAUCUGGGAAACUCCCGCAUGGGAACAACAUCUCGUACCGAGGUGACUCGGGUCUUAAGGAUGGAUCGGACAACCAGGCCGAUUUGGUUGGAGGAUACUACGAUGCCGGCGACAAUAUCAAGUUCCACUUUCCACAGGCGUUCGCUAUGACGCUGCUAAGUUGGAGCGUGAUUGAGUACAGUAGCAAGUAUGAGGCGGUGGGCGAGCUCGGUCACGUUAAAGACUUGAUUAAAUGGGGGACUGACUAUCUGCUCAAGACGUUUAAUGCCUCUGCGCCAAGCGUGAAUUCGAUCUAUGCUCAGGUAGGCAAGGGACGUGGGGAUUCUCCUGAUGAUCAUUUCUGCUGGGAGAGGCCAGAAGACAUGGACUACCCGCGGCCAUCGAUGCAGACUGGCACGGCAUCAGACUUGGCUGCGGAAAUGGCAGCCGCCUUGGCCGCGGCAUCUAUAGUUUUUAAAGGAAACAGUGCUUACUCCCAGAAGCUGGUUCACGGUGCGGACAUCUUGUUCAAGAUGUCCAGGGAUCGACGCGGUCGCUACAGUGCAAGCGUGCCUGAUGCAGCGGGAUUUUACAACUCGAGUGGAUACUACGACGAGUAUUUGUGGGGUGGAGCUUGGCUGUACUACGCAACGGGAAAUAUCAGCUACCUCCAACUUGUGACAACUUAUGGAAUAGGACGGCAUGCCGGGGCAUACAGAAACAGCCAGUUUUAUGGAGUUUUCAAUUGGGACAACAAACUUAUCGGUGCUCAGGUGUUGCUAACCAGACUAAGGAUGCUCCAAGGUCCUGGAUAUCCAUAUGAAACCGUCCUUAAGAGCUUUCACAAUCAGACAGACAUCGUUAUGUGCUCGUACUUGCCAGUGUAUAAAAUAUUUCCAAAGACGCCAGGAGGACUCGUGCUCUUCAACAGAGGCGGCCCGGCACCAUUGCAAUACUCCGUCAAUGCUGCAUUCCUAGCGACGCUUUACAGUGACUACUUACUGGCGGCGGACAUUCCUGGCUGGUCAUGCGGUCCGCAGCUCUACAAGGCUGACAAGCUACGCGAAUUUGCAAAGUCUCAGAUGGACUACAUUCUCGGGAAGAACCCACGGCAUAUGAGCUACGUUGUGGGAUUCGGCAACAAGUAUCCCAAGUACGUCCACCACCGAGCAGCAUCGGUUCCCAAGAAUCGCAAGACUGCUUGCGAUGUGUCUGGAUUCAAGUGGAGGGAUAGCAAGCAGCCCAAUCCCAAUGUUAUCGAAGGCGCUCUAGUCGGGGGCCCCGAUCCCAAGGACAGGUUCCAAGACAAGAGAGGGAAUUACAACUUCACGGAGCCGACCAUCGCUGGAAAUGCGGGUUUAGUCGCAGCUUUGAUCGCACUCUCUGGCAAAGACGACGCUGGUAUUGAUGCAAUGACGAUAUUUUCUGCGAUACCUCCUAUGUUUCCAGCUCCACCACCACCCUCCCCUCCAUGGACUCCAUAGAUUUUAUAUAUUUCAUUUUUUCAAUUGAACUAAUAUUUUAGUUCGCAUUAAUAAUAUAUCUAGCAUUAAACACUA